CUAAUCCUAUCCUUCCAACAGACACCUUCAUAUUUUCUUCCCUAUUUCUUUAUCCUCUUUUUCCUUUUAAAUUAUCCUUCAAUUUUGAUAUGUGCCUUAUUCUUCUAUAAAUACAUGAUUCACUUUUUUCUUUCUUUCUAUGUUCUAAGUAUACUUUACAUAUAUAUCAACUUUUACAACUCCUUCUCUUAUUCAUUUUUUCUUUUGAGAAUUUAUUGAGUUUUCUUCAUGGAAAACAAGCUUAGAAACCCUAACCAUACAUGCAUAGCCAAUUCAAAGAAACCUAAAACCCUAGCUAUGCAUAAAGACUCUUACACAAUAUCAAAGAUCAAACCAAAGAUACGAAUAAUUCACAUAUUUGUGCCUGAGAUAAUCAAAACUGAUGCUGAGAAUUUUAGGGAGCUUGUGCAGAAGUUAACCGGGAAACCAAGUGAAGUCAAAAAGAAUUUCAAGAAGAAGACAAGGGUAAUAGAAGAAUCUUCGAGGAGCACUAGUAGUGGAAGUGGUUUAUCAUCAGAGGGUUGUCCAAGAAAGGAGGAGUUGUUGAGCAAUGGUGGAUUUUGGGGGUUGGAUCUGAAAAUGGAUAGAGUGAUCAAAGAAGAAGUAAGAGAAGAGAGUUGUGGUGGGUAUUUAGGUGGGUUUUCUGAUUUGGAAGGGUUUAUUUCUGAGAUUAAUGGUGGAUUUCCUUUGUUUCCUUUGGAUGCUACUCACAAUAUGCAAGGGUUUGAACAAAAUCAUCAACUUCUAUAGGAGAUAUAUAUAAAUUUAUAGAUACAAAUGUUAUGCCUUCUAGCUAGAUAUAUAGGAUUUAUAUUUUCUUCACUUUUUUGACUAAAAAAAGAAUGGUUAAUUAUGUGUAUAGAUCUUUUUUAUUUUCAUCACAUAAUUAUAGUUUAUGUAUGUUUGAUUGUGAAAUGUUUUGGGUUUCUUCUUAUGAUAUAUACAUAUAGAAUGGCUCAUUCAUCCGAUGAUGAUCAUAUUAU